GCCCUCGCGGUGCCAAUGCCAAUGCCGGGAUCGGGGAUUCCCCGUUCCAGACACGCCCUGCAGCAGGAUCACCAGGUAUCCGCCACGCCGACGUGGUGGUCGCUCAUCGAGAUACUUAGCCGAACUGAGCGCGCUGAGCGGCCAAGUAGAAGCGUUGGCGGCAAGUGUUUGAAAUGCCAGAGCAGCGAUUCGAUCAGCAGUUCAAUAUCGAAUGCAACUGGAAGCGGCGGCGAAAGUGUGAGUUCGAGUUCUGUGCCAAGUGCGCCGGCGCAGAGUGCUGUAUAUAGUGGUAGUGCAAUUUUGUGCAGUGUAAAUAGUGCAAAUAAUACGCGUAAGUUAAAUUUAAUUCUGAGCAAGUCGCAGCAAAAGCGAGGGGAGCGCUUCGCUGUUGGCACAAAUUUGCAAAAUAAAUUACCAGCAUCGAGUGCGGAUUGCCACUUAAGUCCAAGUGCCGAGACAAAUAUUCGUACCACAACCGCGGCCGAUUCACCGCGAUCCCCGUCCUGUCCGCCGUGUUCAUAUAGUCAUCUUCAUCUUCAUCGUCACUGGCAUCGGCAUCGCCAUCGUCCUCGUCAUAGCCAGCACCGUCAACGUCAUUAUCGUCAUCGUGGUUGUCGUUGUCGUUCUCGCGACGCGUCGCAGUCUGCAUCCGCAUCGCCCGCGUCUAUGCUCUUGCCAUAUCAAAUUAAUCAACGUGCUACAUUGUUGCAGCAAUCUGCAACAGCAGCAACAACAUCAACUACAUUGCCACAUGUGCCCGGGGCAGCGGCAGCAACAGCAGCAACAACAGCAAACGUAUCUCUGCGUGCCGUGCCUCGUAUUUUUAAACGCAAACGUGAUACGGUCCAAACAGCGACCACUGCAUCACCUUUGACCCCGCAGCAACAUCCAACAGUCGCAGCAGCAACAUCAGCCACAUCCACAACAACCACGCGCAGAUCGCGACUCGAAUUCAUACUGUACACGGAAGUCUACCAAGUCGACGAGGAUUCGGUUUCCACCAGCGAUUUCCAUCCGAAGUCGAACGUGGGCAGCGACGAACCCUUCUGGCAGAAUUACGGUUGCUUGUUGCUAAUCGCCAUUAGUUUAUCCGUGUGCCUGGCCUGUGGCAGUGUGUUGGUGGCCGCGAUUGCCCUGCGCCGCUCGGCCAACGCAACAGCAGCAUUAGCAGCAACACUAGCGGCAGCAGCAGCAGCAGCGACAUCAGCAUCAGCUGGAGCAGGAGCAACAUCCGCAGCAACAUUAGAAGCGGCAACAACGCGCAGGAUACGGCACAAGCGUCGCUCGUCGCAACGACGGCGCAGCACCAACAACAACGCGGUGCUGUCAUCUGGGAUCGGGAGCGGCAUCGGGAUCGGGAUCGGGCCUGGACUGGAAACCAACUCGGCUCUGGCCCUGCCACUGGCAACCGCACCACCAACAUCGGGCUCCACAGCAGCGGAUCAGACAGCUAUAGCCGCCGCCACCGCCAACGCCGCCUCCGCUGCAGCAGAAGCCGCAGCAGCAGCAGCAGCGACAACAACAACAGCAGCAGCAGCAGCCGCAACAGCAUCGACAGCCGCAGCAACAGUUACAACAACACUUUUGCCAACCGAGCCGGAACAUUCUGUACCCAUGCUAUCGGUACAGACGGCCGGCUGCGCGGGAAUGGAGCGGCUCGGCGUUCCGACCCGCACAUCUUUGAGCACACCACCCGAUGAUAGGGAUCAAUUUAGAUGUAGAAUGCGCGUGGAUGCGCUCCAGGCACGUGAGCUUCUGGCUGUACGUGGCGAGACUGUGAUUCGCGGCGCCGGCAACAAUCAGCACCAGCAGCAACACCAUCUCCAUCACAGCAGCAGUAGCAGCAACAAGCAACAACAUUCCCACCACCAGCAACAACGCAUGACAACUCCAAGCACGCACAACUCCGGCGGCGGCGGCGGCGGCGGAGGAGGAGGAGGAGCAGCAGGCGGUGACCACCAACACCACCAUCACCAACACCAGCUGGGCAACAACAGCAGCAGCAACAACAACAAUAGUAUUAGCAGUAAUGUGGCGCGCGGCGGCAUAGAAGCCACCACGCUGAAGUACGGAAACACGGGCAGCGGGAGCGGUAGUGGUUGCUAUAAGGGCGACUGCGGCAACUCCUCAAGCGGAUCCUCGUGCAGUUCGCUGCAGAGCCACAGCAACGACCACCACCAACAUUACCAGUACCAGCUGCAGCAGCAGCAAACUCCCCGCUGUCCCCAUCACGUACCACUGCCGGACAGCGAGUACGGACAGGAUCGACACCUGCAGAUCAGGAGCAGCUAUCAGCAAUCGGAGAUCACCAGAUCGUACACGAAACCGCCGCCCAACAAGACGGUGCGGGAUGUGCCCGAGCAGAUCUCGGCGGGCGGCUGUGGCGUCUCCAGCUCCAGCUACCGUCUCACCACGCUCCAGGCCGCCUCCUCCACGUACACGCCAGCGGGAGUGUCAGUGUCCGCCUCCUCAUCGUCCAGCAAAUCGAAGCCGAAUGCCAUAACCAAGUUCUUCUCGCGGAUCAGUUCGCCCAAGUCGCCGCCGAGCUGUACAAUGACCUCGGUCGCCACAGCUUCCCCAGCAUCCUCCGUCUCCAUGUCGUCGUCCGCCUCCUCGCUAGCCUCCUCCGCCUGUGUGUCCACCUCGUCGUCGGCCUCCUCACUGGCUGCUGCACCCACGCUGCCGGUGUCCAAUGCAUCCCUGCUGAAGAGCACGGCCUGUGGCUAUGGCACAAAUCCCAGCGGGAUCUACGCAGGCCUGGGACCGAGCACGCAACUGCUUACGAGCCUGGGAACCGGUACAAGCGGCAACUGCAGUCCCGAACGGAUACCCACACCACCGUUGUCCGUCUCCGUGCCAAUCGGAGCUGGCCUACAGCCGCUGAGGAGCAGCAGCAGCGGGAGUAGCAGCAGUACCGCCAGCCUAGCCGCCGUCGAGACAACCACAACUACAGCCACCACUCAGUCUUCCUUUGCCGCCGGAGCGACGGGGGAUCUCCCGCUGACCACGAUGAGCCGCAAUAAUUCCAACUCUAGCAUGAUGAGCUACCACUGCAGCUGCAAUAGCCGGAAUUGCAGCCACUGUGCGGCCAACUCAUAACUGAGCUCGUGUUAAGUUUAACUACAUUAAACAAAUCUGGUGGUGCGGAAACCACUGGAGAUUUUAGAACAUUGGUUAAGUUUCAACAGUUCACUAGCCGAUUUGAACUUCACAAACCAUAAGACUUUGCUCGGUAUUUGAUCAUAAUUUGUAAACUUACCACAGGUCUUGUGUCUAAAAAGCUUUACUUGAGGUAAAACAUUGCCAAAUUUAGUGAAAUACUUAUCUUUUGUUGUCGAAUCUCCAGAGAUUUGUGCGGCACCUCCAAUAUAUAUAUAUGCAUAAACUUAUAUAUAUAUACAUAUAUUUUUUUUAUGUUAGCCUAUGUUUAUCUAUUAUGUUAAAGUUUAACAGAUUUAUUUAAUGUAGGUCUGUCGCCAACUUUUGCGCUGGUACGAAAAGACUGUUUAUUAGUCAGAAUUUAAUUUGUAAAUUUGAGUAACGAGAGGGAGGAAAAGUUAGAGAAUGAUACGCAGAAGACAUAUGUAUAGUUGCGCUGCCGCCUUUUUAAGCACUCACCACAGACCGUAGAAGGUUCAUUUUUAAGUUAUGUAACAUUAUUUCCAUUCGUCGCUUGAUUAAAGUAAUAAGUCGAGAACGUUUUUGUAAAAAACCAAGAAAGCAACAAACUUGAAAGAGACAGACACAAUACCAUAAAAACUGAAGAGAGGGAAUGAGGAAAGUAAAUAACAAAACAUAAGUGAAUAUGUAAUUGUAAUUUUAUGAAUGAAUAUUGUAUACACUUUAGUUUCAAUAACUCUAGUUUUAAAUCGAAGCCAACCAACUCUUAACUAUACUCUAUCCCCCCACCCCCUAUCCAAGUCCCCCUAUCCCCUAUUAUUAUUGUACGCAAGGCCCAUGUGCUGGAACACACGAAAACACACACAAACAAACAAUUUUUAGUUCAAUUGAAAUUUGUAUUUGUAUAUUUGCUAACGGAAUUACGAUGUAAAGAAAAAAAAAACAAAAAUGAAAUGAAAUCUAUGUAAACCAAAUUGUAGAGAAAUUAUUGUUUUCAUUUUGAAUUGGCUGCAGCUAAUCUUGAUUUCGGAUUUUAGCGGGACACAUUUUGAAUUUUAAAUUUAUAACCUAACGAUCGAUGAACCUGAAGUUAUCGAUAACCAAUUUCAGUCUGGCAACAACGGGCGAUCGUGUAUUUUCAAGUGCAACUCUGGUCGAGUGAUGGCGGUUUAUUUAAAAUGAGAUUGAUUGAUUUUCAUUUGUACGUUCUGAGUUUAGGAAAA